AUGGGCGACGGUCGUAUUGUACUAAUUGGGAACGAGACUGACAUUCUACAUUGCGGCUAUAAUUUUGCGUUAAGUCAGGGCGGGAAAAGGUAUCUAAAUUCGUUAAAUUUGAUGUUUCUUAUGUUAAAUUAGCUGUUUUCACUGUUUAAUCUCGUCUUUUGUAAAAUUUGCCAAAAGAGGAUGUUAUUAAUUCAUUUUUAAUGGUUCAAGAUACCCGUCGGCGGAUCAUUAUGCUCAUGCGAUGAUAUUGAGCCAGCUCGGGCUGGACGAAGUUCAUGUCCUCGAACUGUUAGCUACAGCUUCGGCCGAUGUUCCGAGAAAGGCCAGGGAGCUGCUACAGGAGAACAUGCCUCAAGGUCAUGAUAUGAAUUCGCUGGCACAAUAUUUGGUCAGUUCCAGGAACAGUUUCACGGUUUCGGCUUUGCAACUACGAGCUGAACAAGAUGAAAGUAAGUUUUUAAUGUUUUUUAUUUUGAAUUUUAGGUACAAGAAGGCAAAUUGAUAAAAACAGAUGCAGAAGGGUCUUGUUUACGUUAUGCAAAAGUUAGGUUUUGAUAGAAAAUGGUUUGAGCUUAUAAAAUAGCGAAUGAUAUUGUUUUAGGCAUUAACUCGGGGUAGGUAUGAAAAUUUUGCCGUAACUUUAAAAAUAGUUAAUGGAUAUGGAUUUAAUUACAUAGUUGUGAAAGACCAUUAGGAAGGCGAUGUUAAGGUUUUGUGUGACGUGAAAACUAAAUUUUGAAAAAACAAGGUCUUAUGAUUAAUUACGUACUAUAACAUCUCGUUUUUUAUCCAUAACUUUUUAAUGGUUAGAUGAAAUGGAACCAAAUCUAGAGCACACGUUUACCAUUGUCUUAUCAUGCUGCAACAUAAUUAUGAAGAUUUCAAAAUUACUUUUCAGAGUUUGUUCAAGCUUUACUGGAGACGGAGAAUGGGUUGUUGAUAGUCUGUGAUCGUCGUGAUGCUGAGCUUGGAAUCGGGAUGGAAGAAGAUGCUUUUGUGGAUUUUAUGAAGCGACAUAAGGUUGGCUUUGAUGUGGUGAGUCGAUGGAUGUCGGAUCCAUCGAGUAAACCGGCCGAAAUUGGGAAUAAUCAACUCGGCUUCUUCUUAAUGUGGACAAGAUACGAAAUCAAGUAAGUUUUUUAUUUUUUGACAGUGUUUUUGAUUUUUAGGUACAAAGAUUUAAGAAUUUUGGUUUUUGUAAAAUAAGAAUCAUUUAUUAUGCUGUUCAUAAGCUUAAAAUUACGUCUAAGUAUGGGUAAAAACAAUUAUAUUGUUAUAGGACAAAACAGACCGAGAAAUGGACGACAUGCUCGGAAGUAGAAGUCGAUGGUAUAAAUAUAGAUACGGAUGGAGAAAAUGUAGCCAAAGUGUCAGCUUCUAACUUUGUUAUAGCUUUGGAGGUAAGUUAUUUUGGUUUUUAGGUAACGUGUUAGCUAAAAGUCAUUUUUUAGGUAAUAUUUGGUUUUAAAAAGGUGAUACUCAAUUAAAAAACGUUGUUUAUAAUCUAAAUUUGUAAAAAAAUUGAAAAUCAGAUUAAAAAUGAAGUUUAAAAAAUGAUUUAGGGCAUUUUCCGACCGCUGAGCAGCUAUUACGCAUCACAACUCGAGCUGAAGGGUGACAUAUACAGAUCAGUUGAACAUUACGCAUAUCAAAGGUUGUUCGAAGCCCUGAAGCUAGACGAAUCCGAGAUCAUGAAGCUAAGAACCACGGUAAAACCAGCAGAUUUACCAUUGGUGGCUAACAGGAUAGCUAAGAGGCUAAAGGUGGGUUUAUAAUGUUUUUAGGUAACAAAUUUUGAAAAAAAUGUAAUUUUAGGUAACAAAUUAAGAAAAAAUGUUUUUUAGGUAGCAAAUUUGUCAAAAAAUGUAAUUUUAGGUAACAAAUUUAAAAAAAAGUUAUUUUAGGUAACAAUUUUUUAAAAAAAAUUUAAAAAACGCUUAGGUUAUGUUGUUUUAGCUAGAUCCAGGCGAGUUUGCUCAUAAAAAGCUAAAAAUGGACCGGUGGCGACAAUCAGCGAUGAAACAUAAAUUCAUGAAGAAUAACGAUUUACAACAACUUCUUCUGAGCACCGGAUUCGCGAUUUUGUUGGAUUGUGCUGGUAAGUUAGUUUUAGGUAACAAAUUGUUAGAAAAUGGGAUUUAGGUAACAAAUUUCUAAAAACUGUUGUUUUAGGUAAAAAAUUUUCUAAAAAUGUGAUUUUAGGUAACAAUUUUGAAAAUUUUUUUUCGGUAACAUUAUUUUAUUUCAGACACCGCCGAAAGACAAUGGCCCUCAAGCGUCGACGAAUUCGAACUUCAAAACCUCCUGGCCAAGCCCCACAUCACCCCAAAUGACAUAAUCGACUACAUGUGCGAGCGAAAAGAACCCCCUAAACAUCUAACCCACCUUCAAGGCAACCGGUCAGGCAUCUUCCUCAUGGAACUGAGGCGAAGGCUGGCACAGCAGAUCAGUGAGCGAAUCCCGCUAGUCUCGCCCAUCAUUUCGAAUCCAGUCAAGAGCGGCGUCUCGGCUCAUAUGAUAUGUUUCACACCUGAAAGUGUACUCCAUCCACUAUAUCCGGCCGAAAUUUAUGUGGAUACUGUAACAUACAAGAGUCCCAUUCACUGGGUGGUGCAUAGAGCUAUAAAGUAAGGCGAUGGGGGGGGUGGUUUAGGGCUUUAAGGGGUGUUUUUUGGGGGUUUGAGGGCUUUUUACUGGGGUUGUAGCGAGAUUUUUUAUAUUUUUUUUGCGAAUUUUGAAAAAAAUGUGGGGUAAAAGGCAACAUAUCUUAAAGUCAACAUAUUAAUCUGCAAUUUAAGAACGAAAUUGGAAGUAUGUCACUUUUAGUUUUGUCAGAAAAACUGAAUUUUUCACAAAAAUUGAUUUUUUGAAGAUAUUUCUUUAAAAACGUCCAAGGUUGGGCCAUUUUCACACCUUUUACCUCAAAAAUGACAUUUUUAAUAUGACUACAAGAAAAAGCAAAGUUUAUAGAGUUUAAAAAACAUUAUUUUUGCAUUUUUGGCCAAAAAACGGGCCGCCCCGCAAAAUGCCACGAACCGGGAUCGAACCGGUGACCUUUAGAUCUUCAGUCUAACGCUCUCCCAACUGAGCUAUCAUGGCGACGGGGUGGAGUUCCUUGUUUUUCUUCAUUCCAAAACGGGGAUGGGACCAUUUGAAUAAAAAAUUGUAUUUUUUAGUAUUUAAAAAAGGUUUUUGUGGUUUUGAAGGUUGUUUUGAUGUUAUUUUAGGCAUAAAAGGGGACCGUUUUUAAUUUUUUUAAAAUUUUUGAUUUUUGAAACAAAAUUGUUAUCUAAAAUUUUUUUCAGAUUUUUUGACAUUGAUGAAGAAACAGAACAAUUCUUACACAAUAUCUUAGACACUUUAGAAGUAUGGUCGUACCUACACUACAUUAUACAUGAACUUAACAUUUCCAAAGAGAAACUUCAGUUAUGGUACUACGAAGAACGACAAGCAGCCCUAAAAGAAGCCUCGCGGUAUCAGUUCCAAACACAUCCACCCUUACUAAGGGCAUUAUUAGAAACAGAAGAUGCGUUACUGAUGUGUUGUUCGAGGUUCGCAUCUUCAGAAGCCGAAUUGAGCGUGGGAAUGCGCGAACGAGACUUGAGGCUGUGGUGUGCUCAGAUCAAGUACAAUACUAGAGAGGUGGGUGGAUUUGGAGUAAUGGUUUUUGGUAGAGGAGAUAGUGUAGCUAACAGGGUAUAUUUGAGGGAAGUAUUGGAAGCUUAGCUUUAUUGCCUCAGGAGUUAUAAUUUUUUGAAAUUAAAAAAAUCUACUUUUUUGAAAAAUAUGGAGAGGAGUUGAAAAAAAAGUUGUACCAGGGAGGUGGGUGGUUUAGAGACUAUUAUUUUUUAAGGAAUGAUAGAGGAUCUAUUAGAGUACAUUUGAGUAAAUUUUGGUAAAUUUAGCUUUAUUGUUUGAGGAGUUGAUUUUUUGAAAUUUUAAAAAUUUGGAUUUUGUAAACGUUUUUAGAGUGGGGUGGAAAUAUAGUGUUAUAACAGUUGGGCGGGGCGAUUUUCUGAAAAGUCGUUUUAACUCGUUUGUAGAGGAGAUAAUAAACUAUAUUUGAGCGACGUUUCAUAAAUUUUUCUUUAUUGCCUCGGGGGUUAUGAUUUUUUAAACUUUUAAAAAUGAAAAUUCCAUAAAUUAUGAAAAAAAUAAUUUUUUGCGCAAAUGAAGGUAGAUUCAGAAAUGAUAUUAGUAUAAUGUUGAAAGCAUUUAAAAAGGUAUCUAAAAAUGUAAAAUACGUUCCGUAGUUCUUUGGUUCACAAUUUAUAUAUCAACUUUUAGCUGAUCGACCUAUUCCAACGCCCGAUGGCCUUCAGGCCGCCAUUUGUUGGUGGAAACCGAAUUGGACUAAUGCUAAUGGAGCUAAGACGAGAGUUUAUCCUAAAUGGCAGGAUACCACACUUACUCCCUGAUCUCGGAAUGCCUCCAGAUGCCAUUUUAGGCUCGGAAUCUCCACUCGAAAAUUAUGUACCACACGUCAACUUUGAAGUCAUGGACGACAACAAUUUCACAGCUAUUUGGGCUAGUGAGUAAUACUGUUUUUAGGGGGCGGGGAGGGUCUUUUAUAAAAAAAAAUUUAAAAUGAAAUUUUGAAAAUUAAAAAAAAAAUUAUUUUUGGGGUCGAAUUUUACUCAAAAAGACCAUUUUUAAUUAGUCCAAAAUUCCAGACCCCCUAGUCCUGGCCACAAAAACCCAACCAGACUCAGAACUCCAUCGCCAAGCCAGCUCCACCAAGGCCAAGCCACCCCUAAUAGCCCUGAAGGACGAAGAGGUUAAUGCUUUAAUGGACUGGCAGAACUCAUUAGUCAAGCCUAAAUUCGACCAAAAAGUCACAAAUGAAUCGAAUGUUGAGGUAGUGAAAGGGGCCAUUGUAAAGUACAUUCUGAUGAUAAGAGCAGGCCUAUUGCUGGAUAUGAGAGCUCAAAGGACACUGAACUUCUACUCACGGCACACCAGUAACGUUCAGGCUCAUCGGAGGGCCAUUGAGGUGGGUUUUGAAGCUUUAAGUGUGAUUUUUUUAGAGGUUUUUGGCCAAAAAUUUUUUUGAAUUUUUAAAAAUUAAAAAAAAUUUUGAAACUGUUUAACAAGACGUUAAAAUGCCAUUAAACUUCACCUUUUCAGCAACGCGGCGAUCUCCAACCAAUGGGACCAGUAUUCCCACAAAGAGACCGAAUAGGACCUUCACCAUGGCAAAACCCCCCAAUGAUGGACCGACCAUUCCACGAAGACUCGUCGAGAGGCCCACCACCAUUGAUGGACAUACGAAAACGUGAGCGAUCACCACCACGACGAUUCGAACGCCGAGAUGACUGGGACCACAGAAGGGAUCGAAGGAACGCUCCGCCCAGAUUAAGGGACAUUUCACCGGGUAAGAGCUGGGUUUUUUGGGGGUUGGGAGUGGUUUUGGAUAGCCAAGGGUAUGGGGAUUAAAGUACGAGGUGUGGAGGAAGUAAAAAUUUAGAUUUGGAUAGCUAUUUUGGCUGUAAAAUGACUUUUUCGGGCCAAAAAUAGCGUUUUUUAGAGAAUUUUUAGGAAAAAGGUUGAAUAAAUGUUAAAAACUGGCUAAUUUUUACACAUUUUGCCUAAAACAUGACAUUUUUAAUUGGACUGAAAGCUAAAACAAAAAUUUGAAGGCUAAAAAAGCAUUAUUGUUGCAUUUCUGGCCAAAAAACGGGCCGCCCCGCAAAAUGCCACGAACCGGGAUCGAACCGGUGACCUUUAGAUCUUCAGUCUAACGCUCUCCCAACUGAGCUAUCAUGGCGACGGGGUGUGCUCUCUUCGGGCCGCACAGGAAGCGAAAGGAAAGGGGAAAGGAGUAAAUAAAAGACAUUUUUGGGUAUAACUGAAGGGAUUUUGAGUUGUUUUAGAGGAAAUAUGUUGUAGUAGAGGGGUGGAAUUGACAAAAAUUGAAAUUUGGGUAAAAAAUUGGUUUUUGGAAAAAAAAAUUUUAAUAAAAAUUAAAUUUCAGACCGCUCCCGCUUCCGAAACGGCCGAAACUACAAUGGACCACCACCGUCAAACAAGAAUGGUACCGUUUAUACGCCACAAGCACCAGAAGCGGCGAAAGAAAAAGAGCCAGAAGCACCAAAACCGAAGAAACCAAAGAAGGUGGUCAAUGAGGAAGAUUUGUCAGAAGGAGAGAUCCUAAGUUCAGAUGAAGAUUGA